ACAUUAUUGACCACCGCUGCAGUCGUCCGGCGCUUUUCGAUUGACCGUCGGAAAACUCGCUCCGCAUAACCGUGGAGGCGGACUUACGUUGAGUACUCCGCAGUGUUUGCAGCCCAAGACAUCGUCACUGCGCGGAUAUAGGUCCUCGGACUGUGGCAGGCGCUUAAUCGUCGUCAAUCUCCACCACGGUCGCCGCCGAUGGAUCAAGUCUCCGGUUAAUUGUGGUUGCAGUAUUUGCCGUUUCACCUAGUAGCCGUACCGGUCAACAACAUGGACGGUCGGUUCAUUCUUGUUACCGGGGUCGUGGUCUUCGGGCUGUGCGUCCCCUGUCCAGCGUCCACCACCGUCAGCAUCCCUAACGAGUCUUCUAUCGGAACCUCCACUGUGCAUUCCAUCGAAGAUUUAAUGGAAUUGGCCACCGAAAACUCGGAGUUGUCCAACAACACUAUCGAUCUCGUUCCCAACAAUUUCACGGAUAUCGUCAUCAACAAUAAUUUCACAGGUGUCGUUAUCGAUAACUCCACAACAUUUAUCAUCGGAAACUUUACAAAAUUUUUCAUCGACAACUCAACGAAAUUAAUCUUUGACAACUCUACCGGUCCCAAACUCACCGGACCGAAUGUAUGCACGUAUAUGAAAAAUUACGAAUCAAAAAAAAAAAUCACUAAGUAUGAAAUCCAUUCGUUCAAAACUCCAUAUUUCUGUUUCAAUAAUUGGAAAUUUGUAUGUUAUUUUGUAACUGAAACUGCAGUUCCAAUUCAUACCGAAAUCUCAGAAAACAACAUUCAAAUCAUCAAUACAUGCUGCAAUGGUUACGAAAAAACACCAAAUGGGACAAAAUGCCGUCCUGUCUGUAAAGACCCUUGUGUGUGGGGCAAAUGUAUUUCACCUAAUGUGUGCAGCUGUGACGAAUAUUACGACGGACCUACCUGCCGCAUAAGGAUAGGUUGUCCAUUGGGAAAGUUUGGAUUUGAUUGUUCGCAAACGUGUCAAUGUCAAAAUAAUGCAACUUGCAAUUAUUUAAAUGGUAAUUGUUCUUGUCAGCAAGGAUAUUGGGGCGAAUAUUGUGAAGAUCUAUGUCCAUCUGGAUAUUAUGGUCAUAAAUGCCAAAAUGUAUGUAAAUGUCAAACUGGUGCAAAAUGUGAUCCAUUAAAUGGUGCUUGUAACUGCUCACCAGGAUACACAGGAACAAAUUGUGAAUUAAAAUGUCCCCCAGGAUUUUAUGGUUAUAAUUGCCAAAAUCAAUGCAAAUAUCAGAAUGGUACAACAUGCGAUAUCGUUAAUGUUAAUUGUACUUGUCUACCAGGAUAUGAAGAACACAAUGCUCAAUUGAUUGAAUGUGAUUGUCAAAAUGGUACAUUAUGCAGUUCACUAAAUGAAACUUGCUCUUGCCAACCAGGACAUGAAGGAAACAAUUGCAAAUUUACUUGUCCCCCGGGCUAUUAUGGUAAAACUUGUCAGAAUCCGUGUAAAUGUCAAAACGAUGCAAAAUGUGACGCAGUGAAUGGACAUUGUUAUUGUACUCCAGGAUUUACUGGAGAAUAUUGCUCGUUGACUUGUCCACCGGGACUCUAUGGCUAUCAAUGUCAAUACGAAUGCAAAUGUCAAAACGGUGCCCUAUGCGAUCCAAUUAUUGGAUCUUGUGCAUGUCCACCGGGUCUGUCGGGAAAGAACUGUCUUAUUGGGAAUAAGUCCAGAAUCGACGGGGAAAAUAAUAUGACGGUGUGUGAUUGUAAUUGGCUCAAAUUUGACUACUGCGAACCAUUAACCAGCAUAUGCAAAUGCAAACAACCUGUCGACGGUGUUUGUGUCUGUGAACCCGGUUCGACCGGAAAAGAUUGCGAGAAAGUUUGUCCACCCGGUACAUACGGUGUAGAUUGCAAAUCAACUUGUAGAUGUCAAAACGAAUCAAAAUGUCGUGGGGCCGACGGAAUUUGUUUGUGUGAGCCCGGAUUUUCCGGACCUACGUGCUCAGAAGCUUGUCCCAAAAAUUAUUAUGGAGAAAUGUGUUUGCGUAAGUGUAUGUGCGAUGCAACCACGGAAAUUUGUAAUCAUAUUAAAGGAUGUGUAGCAUGCAACAGCAGUUUUUCAAAUGACAGUGAAUGCUUCAAUGCUCUUCAGUUAGAGCCAAUAAAUGAUGAAGAGGUUUGGAUUUUUGACAUUUUGGUUAUUUUGAGCUUUUUGAUAAUAUCAACAAUAUGCAUGGCGGUGCUGAUGUGCUGCUAUUACUACUGUAACCAACGUAAAAUUAAAAAAUGUAAUCUAGGGCAAGUAAACAAUUUUGAACUUCGAAAGUCUACCGGCAUAGAAUCAAACCCUAACAUUGAAGUGAUUUGCACUACCAGCAAUUGUGGAAUGAACAUUGGAAAGGAUAAGUUCGAUUCGAAAAAAACAAUGACCAGCUAUACGAACGAAACGUUUUACAACAAUAAUUAUUCACGUGACAACAGUGUCGAUGAUUCCACCGGUGAAAACUUGUACUUGGAAAUUGACGAAAGUACUUUCAACCGUGCAGAAGAUUUGUACGAUCAUCUUGAUUUCCUACGUCCAACGGUAUCGUGGAAGCCACAUUAUCAAAGAACAUUGGUGUUUCAAGAUCAAGUAGUAGGCAAUAGUUCGAAAAAAGAAGACACAACUUGAUGCAUUUUAUUAUUUUAUAUAAUAACGUUUGUUUUAUUGUUACAUUUAUAUUUAUAUUAUUAUUAUUAUUAAUUAUUAUAGACACCAUAAGACUAUUUUA